AUCGGUUUGCCUGCACAGCCUAGCGAGUCGCGUAGCUCUCUCGAGGCCCUUUUCGCAACGUAUUCCCUGAAGGCUAGAUCAUCGCUCCCGCUUCCCUUCCGUCAUCGUUUUCGGCGUGGUCCUGGCGCGGCGAUGAGGGCAUCACCCCCUCUACCACCCCUCCACACCAGCCGUGUGUGAGCAAGGAUCGUCGCUAACCUUUCUUCCUUCCCCCUUCCCCUCCCAUCGGCUUCGUGGGAGUCGGGAGGCAUCAUGAUGGACGCGUCGGACGGCAGUUCGGCAGGUGCGAGGCUCAGGCCAUCCCCAGGGCCAUCACCCUCCUCUCGGCGCGAUGCUGCUGAGGAGUUUGUGCCACCACCCAACAUACAGCUGUCGGCCACCGUGGGCGAUGAGGAUGACAACGACACACUCAAGACGGUGCGCCUGCUGCGGACCACCAGCCAGGCGUACCUGUCGCUGUCGUACCUCGCCGGGGCGUGCCUGAGUGAGGCGUAUAAGGCCACUCGGCUCGACUGCGAUGACGAGCUCACGCGGAUCAACUGUAUCAGGGAGAAGGGGUACAUGUAUGCCGACGACGCACCGCCGUUCCCUCUCAAGACCAGUGCCGGCAAGGAGAAGAAACUCGUCACCACCAAGGAGCUCAGAGGUGGCUGCACUCGUGACACAAACACAAAACAGCUCACGCGAUGAAAUGAAUGGCCACUCAUCGAAUCCGUGCAAUCUCUCUCUUAUCUGUUUGUAUGUGCACCAAUCAGGUUGGCCGUUGCGGGGCAGUGAGGGCGACGCUGCACGGCUGGAUGACCUGCAGAAGCGUCGCGACCAGGGCCUGCUCUUCCCGUUCGGCGGCACCUUCGAGUUCCGCGACCACCUCUUCACCGCACACGCAGAGGCCUUCAGUGCCGAGCUGCCCUGGGACUGCCACAGCACCGAGGGACUCCACUGGGCGCCGUCGCCCUUUGUGUGGAACGGCACGGCGCACCGUGACGGGCGCAGGUGUCCGGUGGAGGUCAACCCCGACCCCAAGACGCAGCGGGAGAUCAAGUGCAUCAACGGCACCAUCAUCGAGUCCAAGCUCUGGUUCCCCGCCAACUCCAGCAACCACGGCACAAGCGACGACACCGCACCCCAUUGGGUGCCCCGGGCCAACUGUGCCAAGGUGGUGGUGCCGCGCCAGUGCUGCAUGCCUUCAAAGGUCUGCAGCGCCAUCGACGGCGACUACUGCCUCGCCAUCACACCCAUCACCGUCGUACCCCGCAACUCAGAGCUGCGCUACGACUACGGCCCACAGGCAGACCACGAGUAUUUCGACAAGGUGCCUGGCCAGCCGUGGGCAGAUGUGGCGCCAUGGGAGGGCCUGCAAGACACGGCCGGCCUGCACGACGACGCAGCGGCGCCGCUGCAGAGCGUGGUGACGCGUACGAUGCUGAGCCGUGAGGGUGUGGGUAUGGGGAUAGGGAUUGCCAUGGGGGGGGAGAAUAACAAUAACGGGGGGCGGGGCAAGAAGAAGGUGGAGUCCCGGCGGCUGCAGCUGGCCAUAGACCGCACUUCGCCAGAGAACCUUAGGAGGAGGCGGGAGAACGCUAGACAGGGUGGGUGACGGACGCCACCACACGACACGACACGACACGGACGGAGCAACGGCCAUUGAAUGCAUUGCCCACACAUCCACUCCACGCUGCACUGCCUCUCUCUGUGUGUGUGGGUGGCUGGCUGGUUCGGUUCAGAUGCGUUGUUGGGUGAGGACGAGAACACCCCCCUCCAUCAGCUGUACAAGUUCAAGAAGAGGCGGGGGCCGGGGGCCCUUGCCAUCGACCGUGUCAGGCGGAGCAGUGGGGGCCUGUCAAUGCCUCUGCCGUCGGCUGCAGGUCAGCCAGUCAGUCAGCCAGUCAGUCAGUCAGUCAGAUGAGUCCCUUCCUUCUCCAUCCAAAUAAAUGGAUGGACAUUCAUGUGACUGACCUUGAUGUACUGCGUACGGUAAUUGAUUGAUGUUGGUCUCCUCCCUCAGGUGUUAGGUGGGAGGGUAUGAAGGUGACGAUGGAGGAGGAUGCCGACACGCCAUCGCAGCCCGUCGACGCGGCCGCAUACGGCAGCGUCUGGAACGCACUCCACCAGCUGCACUUGCAGACGAAUAGCAACAGCAACCAUGCAGGUAAAUAGGUGGGUAGGUGGUGCAUGUAGACAGACAAGAGAGCCGACCGACGGACGGACAUGAAUACGAUGCACUCACUCUGUCUAUCUGCCUGCAUCUGGGGCAUGUAGGUGUUGCCGCAGGGGACGUGUCUGAGCCUGCGGUGUUGGUCGAGGAGGAACAGCCAGACGAUAGCAUAGCGCUCCCCAACGCAGCAGAGGGAGAUGCCCCUCAGCUGGCGUCAGGUGACCAGGCAUCCGCUGCUGCGGGCGACAAACAGCCGGCGAUUCAGAUCAAGAAGGGUGCGUACGAUGGAUUGACAGCAAUGAGAAGAAUGUCGACAAGCCAACAUUCUGUCUGUGUGUGUAUGUUUAUGUGCAGAGAGCGGCACAACUGCGUAUUUGCCGAGUCCUUCGCCAUCUGACUCUGCCGCUGAGCCGCCCCCGGCUCACGUGGCCGAGGCAGACACCGAGCGUCACGUUUCAUCCGCCCCUGUGGAGCCCUCGCGUGGCGGCGUCGACCCGAGCAACCUGCUGCUCGCGGCCGACCCUCCUGCAGACCAGGAGAUGUCCGAUGCCCACGACGGGGGGACCGAGAGCACCGACCUGCUGCAGUCGGGCCCUCGUGAUGACGCAGAGGUAGGCGAGAAGCGCAAGCGGUGCGAUGAGGGGAUGGAGGAGGGCUGUGACCUGCCCCCUGCCAAGAGGACCGCUGAUGAGUCCUCAUCAUCGGCUGCUGGCGCCGUGGAUGAGGGAGGCGGGGAGGUCGCUGAUGAGGGGGCGGAUGGCUGAUUGAUGGGCAGUGCAUGGCGAAGCAGGUGUGCAUGGAUUGGUUGGUACACACACUAGGAUUGGUGGACUGACUGGCUGGCUGACUGGCUGGCUUGAUGCAUUCAUGAACCAACGAACGCAUGGCCAGGUGUAUCGCUUGUUGCUUGGAUGGAUGGAUGGAUUGGACGGCGGCGUACAUACAUGUAUACGCGUAUGCCUGUAUGAGUGCCCCCUGUAUGUCUGUAUGUAUCGAUGUAUGUCAUUAGGUGUAGAGACAGACAGACAGACCCUCUUACUCAAAUGUAAUGUGUACAGCG